UCUAGUAUUUUAUAAAUAAUCUAUCUUAUGAUUAUCUAAAUCUAGACUAGAUUCUAGAUCUAAAAAUCUAUGUCUAGUCUAUAGUCUUUAGUCUAUCUACUAGAGUCUACACAUCUAGAUCUUUGUCUAUAGAAAUUAGGGUAUUUCAUAUAAUAAUGUUGGAGGUUGUGGCAAGUCUUAUUCGAGGCCCUGUCUUCUUGGCAGGUGAAACAAUCAACUGUGAAGUGACUUUUACAAACACAUCUCCUGACAAUAACUCUGGGGAUGAGGUCUUAGCAUGGUCAAGUGUCCAGAUAAUUUGUCAAUGUACAGUGAGUGAGUCUAGAGUAAUGCUUCCAAGAAAGAAUGCUCUGUCUACAGAAGAAGUAUCCACUUCAGGAUGUGAAACUUCAUUUGUUCCUAAUCGAGGUUCAUGUAGAUUAAUCAUUUCUGAAGAAGGUGAGAGAGGACUAACUGUUCUUUGUACCAAGCCUAAAAUUUUGUUUUGUGAUUUGAAACUUUCCCCAGGCAUGAAAAGGUCUUACCAGUUUGAAGAAGUCAUCCCAACUGAUGCACCUCCCUCGUUUAGAGGUCAAGCAGUCAAAUAUUCAUAUAAAGUUAUUGUUGGUACUCAGAGGUUGGAAAAAACAACCAAAAUUGUACGAGUUCCUUUUAGAGUCCUAGUCCUUUAUGGUUUAAAUGAUAUAAGUGUAUACAAUGAGAAUGAAGAAAUAUCUCCUAGUAAUCCAUUUUUACAUAACCACAGGAAGGAAAAUUCUGUUCUAGAUGUGGCCCUUCAAGUUAUUUCAACUGUAACGGCUAGAAAAGCUCCACAUUCUUACAAUAUAACCAAUGCCCGAGGUAGAGUAGCAAAGUUCUUACUUUUUAAACAAGCAUAUAAACUUGGUGAAGACAUUGUCGGGAUGUUUGAUUUCAGCGUUGGUACAGUUACUUGUGUUCAGUACUCAGUGACAUUACAAAGUGAGGAGCAAGUCUCAGAAGAAUGUAGGAGAAGGCUCAGCCAAGGCACAGCGGUGACAUCUUAUGUCAAACAUCAGGAAAUGUGUCUACACACUGUCAGAACACACAUGAACAUACCCAUCCCGUUGACUGCAACCCCAGGAUUUAUGACCGAUAUAGUUUGCCAGCGAUGGCGGCUGCACUUUGAAUUUGUCACUUCUUUGGAUGAAAUCAGUGGACCAGACUCCUUACCCAAUGAUGGUGGUGAAAGACAGUGGCAAGGGCCGUCCACUUUGAAUGUAGAAACUAUGGUUUGGGACUUACCUAUCAAAAUUUUCCCAACUAAUCCCAUUCACGCAUCUAGUGUAACAUUGAUGAAAACAACAGCAUCUAUUCAAAUGAACAAUUAGGGUCCAAUGAUAUUUAUAAUAGGGAAAACCUAUAUUAUCAUGUUAAUUAAAAAAUACUCUUUGGUAUUAGUACAGUUCUGUAGCAUAAUGAUAUAUACCAAAGGUGUUUAUUGUUAAAAGAAUUACUUAGAUAAGCAACUAUAGCAGUGAGAUGAUUAUUUUAAAAAUAACUUUAAAUUAAAAAAAAAUGUGUUACUAUUACUAUCUCACAAAUGUCUUUUUUCAUCGACAUAAAUAGAUUAGAAAAUGUAUUACAUACAAUCAUAAAAUCAAAAAGAUAGUUUUAAUGUGAAUAAUAUGGUGCUCUUACCAAAAACAAAAAUAAAUGCACUGAUAAAUUGAAAUAGAAUAAAUGUAAAACAAUUUCUGUAUUAUUUUAUGAAUUCUAAGGUUAGCCAACAAAUGUAAGCUCAUAAUGUUACAUGGAAGGACAUAAGGAUAUUGUUGUCAUACUUUCAAACAUUUUCUAACUAAUGUAUUGAUGUUUUGCAUUGGCUAGAGAAAGAUUAGUAAUGAUGUCCAUCACACUAGCCACUGAAAUACUGUUAGAUGGCUGAAUAACAUUUUAUUUAAAACAAUAUAAAUUCAUUAUGUCGCCAUUUUCUGGCUUGAUUUAAAAUUAUUUUUUAUAGUAAAUCUGGUGUGAAGAAUUGUACCUUUUCUGAUUUAGUUGUGACUUCUCUUUCACCAUGACAGCAAAAUUACUGUAGCUUAGAUUUUUAAGAAAGAUUCAGAUUUUUAAAGUUAAUCAUAACAUGAGGAAUCAAGAAGUUGUCUUUGUGCAAAGAUAAUAUAUUAUAAUUUUUUAGUAUGUUUAUUUGCUUAGGUAGAGUUAAUGUAUCUCAUUCUUUAAUUGUCAUUAGAAUAAAAUACAAGGUUUUCUCUCAUUACAAUUAAAGCAUUUCUAGAAGAAUUAGUUGAAAAAAAUUGAAUCUCUGAAGCUUCUGAGAAUGUUUUGCAGAAUUUAGUUUUUCACAUUUUUUUUCUCCUUUUUAAGUGGAAUGAGUUUAAAUAUAAUAAAACUUGUAUCAGUUAAUGGGACCAAAUUUGACUAAUGCAAUCAAUCUCUUUUGAGUAGAUUAAUAUAUGUACAAUGGCUGUGUAUUGUUUGUUGUCCAAUAUGUUGAUAUUGAACUAUGACUUAAAUUUUUUUUUUUUUGUUUCUAAGUUUAUAAUGUAGGUUUAAUUUUCCUGGUAAUUUUUAUUCAAAUAUUGUUGAUAAGGAGAGGACAUACAGUUUCAUUAUAUUACAUGUUGACCUAUUCUCUUCUAGUAAAUAGAAAGUUUUACUUUGUCAUUGAAUUAGGACUGAAGAUGGUGUUGCAUAGUUUUAUAGACUGAAAUUUAAAAGCAUUUUGAUCUCAGCUGUCAAACCUGCAUACUUUAUGAAAGGGCCAGGUGAAGUCUCAUUCCCAAAAUACCUCUCUAUGGAACACUGCCUGAUCUGGAAACCACUGCAAACGUAAUCUCAGAUAUAAUUAUUUGACCUGUUAAAAAUGAGAAUGUUAAUAAAAAAAAAUCUCCAUUAUAUGGACAACAAUUUAAGCAGGAGAAUUUAAAAUAUAGCUUGAAGUGCUAUAAACCAUGUGAUCUUUUAUUAUCAGAAGACUCAAAAUUUCCAGCAUAAAAGGAUCUGCUUAUCCAGACAAACUGAGAAGAUGUGAUUUGGUUGAAUUGGUCUGUUUUGGUUUUCAUAUUGUCUUUUUUCUUUGUCUUGUGAUUUUUGUCUUGCUUACUUCCACUAACCUCAUUCAGCAACACACACACAAAAUACAGAGCAUUAAAGGUUAGAUUACAUUAUUUCUCUAUGUUAUUCCACAUUAGAGAAUUUGUUAUGUAUAUGUUUUUUUUCCUGUGUAAACAAUUUCUGUUAUCCAGGGCUAUGCACUGCAUUUCCUGAGCCUCCUUAUGUGGCUAUUGAAGCCUAUGUAAGCCCUGAAUAUUCAACUGCACACUGGGCUAACUAUUCCAACUGGAGCCUGUGUGGAUUGCCAUGACUUUCAGCUCUGGCCCAUUUCUUCUGAACGUUUGCUUGUCCUCAGUGAUUUCCUUCAGUUCUCAGAGUGUGUGCCCUGUCAUUUGUUAACCAGUUGACAUUUCCUUCCUCGUGAAUUAUUUAUUGACAGAUAUCAUGAUGAUGUUUUCUUUCUUUAUGGCAUUAAAAAAUAUGUAAUCUGUCUAUGUAAUUAGUAAAUAAACCAAAUAAAUAGA